AUGGCUCCCAGUCCCACUCUGUGGCGGUGUUUACGUGCGGGGGGCAACAACACGGGCACGGUUGAACUGGGGCGCGGGCUGGUCGUUCACGACGCGUCCGUUCCGCACGGCGGUCGGCGCGGCACUGGGGCGGCGCGAUCUGGCGAGUGCCGAGCGGGCAGUAAACGUGACGGGCACCGCGUUUCGGCCGUACUUUCGCAAUAUCUUCAGUACCACCAACCCUCUAUUCCACGGGUGGUGAUAGUCUGCCGUCGGCGCGUGGCGGUGAUCAUUGGAUGUACCAUUGUUCAUAUCUUCUGCAUACUGGCCUUAUCCCACCCAGGUGGUUCGGCAUGU